AAGAUGGAUAAAUUUGUUCAAUCAAGUCAAAAACAACUUUCAGAAUUAAGAUCUGGUUCAGGUGCUAAUCCAUCACUUGUUGAAAAUGUAAUGAUUACAAUGAAUGAUGAUUCUAAACGUCCACUUAAAUCAUUGGCAUCUAUUGUUGUUAAAAAUCCAAAAUGUUUAACUUUAAAUGUUUUUGAUAAGACUACAACAGGUGCAAUUUCCAAAUCAAUUGCUUCAGAAGAUUUAGGUUUAAAUCCACAACAAAUUAAUGAAAAUUCAAUUGAUAUUCCAAUACCAAAAAUGACAAAGGAAAUGCGUGAAAAUGUUGUAAAGAAUGCUAAAAAGAUUGCUGAAGGUGCAAAGGAUAAAAUUAGAGAUUUAAGAAGAAAUGGAAUGACUAAAAUUAAAGCUCAAAAGGAAGGUGCUUCAAAGGAUGACAUUUUCCAUGAUGAACAAGUUUUACAAAAAUUAACUGAUGACAUGAUUACUAAAAUUGAUAAUCUAGUUGAUCAAAAAGAAAAGGAAAUUAUGAAG